GGGCGCCUGACCGGCCGGGAGGGGUCACGUGAGAGACGAGAGUCGUCAAGAGUCACGUGACGCAGGGACCGGAAAACGAUUCGGACGCAAUCUAAGUGGACUGGCAAUUCAUAAUUUUUUGAGUAUCAUGGCAGAUGAUUUGAAAAGAUUCCUGUAUAAAAAACUACCAAGUGUUGAAGGACUUCAUGCUAUUGUAGUGUCAGACAGAGAUGGUGUACCAGUAAUUAAGGUUGCCAAUGACAAUGCCCCUGAGCAUGCUCUUCGACCCGGUUUCUUGUCAACAUUUGCACUUGCGACAGAUCAGGGCAGCAAACUUGGGCUUUCCAAAAACAAAAGCAUAAUCUGUUACUAUAAUACUUACCAGGUCAUUCAGUUCAAUAAACUUCCUUUGGUAGUGAGUUUUAUUGCCAGCAGCAACGCCAAUACAGGACUGAUUGUAAGCCUGGAAAAAGAACUGGCUCCUUUGUUUGAAGAGCUGUGGCAAGUGGUGGAAGUCUCUUAACUCAAUAUUUAUAUCCAAAGCACAGAAAGUCUUUAAUAUGAAACUGGGAAAGAUUCAGUCAUUUUCACACUGUAUAAUGAAUGUCUUGGGGAAAAUGUCACUUUCUCUUAUUAUAUGUUAAAAACUGUACUUGACUGAAAUAUAAGGUAAAAUUGAGAUAAAUGGGCUGUAGCUUUCCCUAUAUAUCUUAGGUUGCUGGUUGUAUUAGUGAGUAUAACAACUCCCAUGGAGUUAACUUCACGCUAGCAUAUAUUUCAUAGUAGAAAAAAUACUUUUUGUGUAUAAUAUACCAUCCACAAUUUUUUCACUCUACCAGCAAUAUGUUGCCUCUGUCUAGAUACAUGGAGACUAGUGGAAACAUACACUUUGCAGUUAAAUCUUCCUUUAUGCUUAGAAGAACAUUUUGGGGAAAACUUAUGUUAAUACUGGUAUGCAAUCAAUGGUUCUUUGUUUGGAUAAGAGAAUUUUAAACUUCAAGGUAGCUAUAUGUCAACAAUUUGAUCAGUGCAAUGUGCAUUCUCUUCCUGUAUUCUUUGUAAAACUUGAUGUUUUGAAUACAUAUAAUUAUGGUACUUUGCUGAGUUAUCUGUCUUUGUAUGUUCCUAAGCAGAUCUGAAUAAAAGAUACAGGCAAGAUGUAUAGUCUGAUCAUUAUCACAGAGAUAGAUGUUGCAUAUUAGCAUUAUUGCUGUCUUUAAUAUCAGUAUGUUGAUUUAUAUAGUGCUGUUGCCUUGGAGUAAAAAAAAGCCAUGGAAACCUAACUUGGAGUAUUUUUUAGAGAGAAAGAAAAUUGUAAAGUAUAAGAAUCAUAAUACAUAAAAAGGAAUAUUCUAUAUAUGGAAGAAAGCCACUUUGGCGGGACAUUAGUAGCUACAUAUACGAUUGCACUCUAACCAAUAGGCUUCAAGAGAAAAACAGAUCAGGCAUAUAGGUGGCGUCUAGACCAGAGCAUUGUUUAUCAAUCAUGGCAGCUUCCAGAUGUGUAAACUUCAGCUCCUAGAAUUCCACAGCCAGCAAGGCCAUUGCUGA